AUGGUCCCCUGCAGGGCCGGUUCUUACUGUGGGCCCCGGACUGGAGUACCCCCACUUUGCCCCGGGGGCUUUGCCUGCCCUGAGGGUUCUUCUACCUACACUGGUCCUGGGCAGCGGUGCAUGUUCCCCCAUUACUGCCCUCAAGGCAGCACUCAUCCCCUUGGGUGCCCUGGGGGCUCCGAGGCCCAGAACAAGAGUGGCCUUAGGGUCUCUGCAGAGACUUCCUGCCGUCUGUGUACGGCAGGUACCUACCGCAGCCCUGCUCUGGAUACCCUGACUUGCCAGCCCUGCCCCCCUGGGUUCAUCUGCCCCCAAGGCUCAGAGAGCUAUGACAACCAGCCCUGCCCGGUGGGCCACUACUGCCCUGAGGGGACAUCCAAGCCCAGGCCCUGUCCAGCAGGAACCUUUGGAGGGAGCAGCCAAGCAGCAGGAGCAGAAGACUGUCAGCCAUGCCCGCCAGGCACCUUCAGCGCCCGGCCAGGACAGGCAGCUUGCCUUCCCUGUGGGAGUGUUGCCUUCUCUCCCCAGGGUGCUUCUACCUGUACCUGCCGAGGUCUAAACAGGAUCUUCCAAAAGUCGGAUGGUUCCUGCCUCUGCCAGGCUGGGCAUGUCUCCUAUGACCACAGGGGUCUGGAAACUGACCAGGAGAGCAACAGCCACAGCGAUGAGGAUUGCCAACCCCAGGUUGCCCAGCACUGUCCACCUGGCGAUGUCCGCCUGGCUGCCACCCGUGAGUGUGUGUCUCCACAACAGUAUGACUGCAGUUCCUUCUGUGGCCCAGGAGGUGGAAAACUCAGCACCGCGCUGGGAAUCUGUCAGUGCUUGGGAUACGUCUCUGCAGAAGAACUCUGUGACAUUAGGUGUCUGGCCAAUGCUCCCCGGCUCUCCUUGUCCUGGGACCCUGGCAAGGAGCUGAUCCUCAGUGUGAAGAGUAGGACUGGCGACAGCAUCCAGAAGGAGCUCUUGGAAACUCUAGGUCCUGAUCUGCAGUUCCCAGGGAGUGCCAGGGUCCACCUGGUCCAGUUUGGGCCCCAUGGUACCCUUGGUUUCAUCAUCUCCAGAGUGGACAUGCUUAUUUCCCUGCUUCAAGGAACAGCUACAUCCGGUCCCUGGCUGCAGAGGCAUCACAGGACAACAGGCCGGAAGCACCCCAAUACUAACCUUCAGAUUCCGAACCCAGUGAUCUGCCUAGCAGCUGGAGAUGUGAUUCUCUUCCAGCUCCAUCUUCUUGCCCAUAGUCGGCCAGUCACUACCCCAUGUACCAGAGGCAGCACCUACUCAACAGCAACUCCCACUGGGACUCUGGAGCCUUCAGGAGACUAGGCCAUCUAGUACGCGAGACAAACCUCAGCCUCUCAGGGUUUGCCCAUCAGUUCCUAGAUCCAGGCACAUAUGUGUUUCAAGACAACGGAAAGCCCGAGAAUAUCGCAGUGGUGCUGGUGAAGGAGGAGGGGGCAGCAUGUGGUGCUGGCCUGUCCCCUGUGCAGCCAUCUUCUCCG